CGUUACUUUAUUCGCGGCCGUUGUCUGUUUUGUUUGUUGUGUGUAACAUACAUUGUUACUAAAAAGAAAAAACAUUUGGCACGGCGAGAAUUGCGUGCGCUCCCGAUUGGCCGAUAAGAAUUUCCCGCGACCGAGAAAAACGAAUGGUGUUCUUGUACGUCCAAGACGGCUUGUUGUGUCCACCACUUAAAAAUAAUUAAACCGCCGAGCAGAGCGCACGUCUUACUUAAGCACAUCGCUGUCGCAUCGGUGCACCAGAAUGCAUUCACUGUAGGGUUUAAGUCAACUUUUAAUGUUGUAUAGUAAAUGCGUCUAGCGUAUUAACGUCAUUAGAGCCACAUUUGGCCGGGUAAAAAUAAACAGAAGUGCGUAAAGUUUUGAUGAAAAAGUCCAACUAUAAAUAGCAAUAAUUAACCCAGAAGAUACAUAAGGAAUAGUGCUUUACAUGUUGUGAUAUUGGAGCAAAAGGAAACAUUUGCUUAUAAAAAGACUGAAUAAUAGAAUAAAAAAUAUGCAGAAAAUCUGUGAUAAGAUGAAAACGAUUCUUUUGUUAUUACAAGUAUUUCUUUUAUUUGUAGAUGGAUCAUACAACGAUGGCACAAAACAAUGGUCUUGGAUAUGUAACACGUCUAGAAAAUGCGAAAAAGUUCCUAACGCUCCUGUUCAUAAAUAUUUUUAUAAUAGACAAGAGAAAGAACCCUUGUAUUCUUUAGAAGCGUGCAGACUUAUCUGUGGACAGUAUGGAGCACUUUGGCCAAGGCCUACUAAGGAUGUUGAUCUCUCGCAGGACCUUAUCAAUAUUAAUCCAAGUUCCAUUUCGUUUCAAAUGUUAAACGCAAUAGACGAAGCUAGAGAUUUUCUAAUAGAAAACACACAACUAUUUUUAAAAAAUAUAUUUUUGGAAUGUGGCAAGAAUUGUUCAGCCGUAAACAACGGAUUGGACGCUACCGUCUUCAUUUCAAUCAGUAACUCUAACAUGGACCUUAACUGGUCCACAAACGAAAGUUACUCAUUGGAAAUAUCAAAAGCAGGCGGAGUCUAUGUAACAAUAACAGCCCCAUCGGCUUUUGGGGCUAGACAUGCCCUGGAGACACUUAGUCAAUUGAUCACUUCUUAUAAAAUACAAGAAAACGGUAUUAUACACCACCAAUUUGUUAUCGUUUCGAAAGCAGUGAUAAAAGAUAAGCCUCAGUAUCCGUACAGAGGUUUACUAUUAGACACCGCAAGAAAUUUCCUAUCAGUUCACACAAUCAAACGUCAAAUAAAUGCAAUGGCUUCAUCGAAACUCAAUGUCCUUCAUUGGCAUAUCACUGAUAGUCAAAGUUUUCCAUUGGAAUCCGUCAGAGUUCCGCAAUUAUCAAAAUAUGGUUCUUACUCUUCAAAGAAUACAUACAGUUUAUCAGAUGUCAGUGACAUAAUUCGGUACGCAAAACUUCGAGGGAUUCGCGUCAUUCUCGAAAUAGACGCUCCAUCCCAUUCCGGAAAUGGCUGGCAAUGGGGUCGAGAAGCAGGACUUGGUGAUCUAGCUGUUUGUGUCAAUCAGGAACCGUGGAGGUCGUAUUGCAUCCAACCACCUUGCGGACAACUUAAUCCAAUUAAUUCUAAUGUUUACUCAGUCUUGGGCGACCUUUACUCUGAUAUCGUCGAUAUUUUACCAAAGGGAGAAACCUUUCACAUGGGCGGCGACGAGGUUUUUAUACCCUGUUGGAAUUCUACUCUGGAAAUUGUAAACUAUUUGGAUAGUCAGGGCCAGGAUCGGUCCCACGAAUCCUUCCUGGCUUUAUGGAGCUAUUUCCAACAGGAAGCGUUAAAGAAAUUCGAUUCAAAAGUUGGAAAUGAAAACACACCUAUCGUCCUUUGGUCCAGUGCUUUGACUGAACCAGAAAUAAUCGAAAAAUACUUAUCCAAAAACAGAUAUAUAAUUGAAACAUGGGUACCAUCCGACAAUGACCUGCCCACUAAAUUAGUGGAGAGAGGGUACAAUAUAAUAGUGGCGACCAAAGACGCUUGGUACCUCGACCAUGGGUUUUGGGGUACGACUGAGUAUCACAAUUGGAGAAAGGUCUAUCAAAAUCGAAUUUUAAAUAGUCCAAGUGUGCUAGGUGGUGAAGCAUGCAUGUGGGGUGAAUACGUCGAUGACACGUCCAUCGAUUCGAAGGUUUGGCCGCGGGCUGCAGCCAUGGCUGAGAGAUUAUGGUCGGAUCCAAGUUCGUCCACUUCGGCAGCCGAAGCCAGAUUUUAUAGACACAGAGAAAGACUGGUUGCCAGGGGAAUACAGGCGGAUGCCGUGACCCCACGAUGGUGCUAUCAAAAUGAGGGAAUGUGUUCGUAAUAGAUAUAAGUAAGAAAAACGAUAAGGUAUUUAAAGUAUUUUUUUAAUGUUAAAAAGUACAAAGUAGGGCCCAAAAAUUCUCCAAAAAAAGUGUAGUAUACAUACCUAAGCGUUUCUUCACCAAAAAUAGGUUUCGUCAGUUCUUCCAUCCAAAAUCAGCCAUCCAGAGUGCGCUUCAUAGAGAUAAUAGACGAGACACAGAAAAUAAAAAUACAUCUUCCGUCUCCUUUUCUUUUGCGCACAAACAGUUGAUAGUAAACUGUGCCGACCAAUUAAAAGCCUUAGUAUAAAAUACUCUUUUAAAUGUGCAUGCAAGAAAAGUAAAUCUCUAUUUUCCACUCAUCAAUACCACUAGUAACAGGGUUGCAUAGGAGAAUUAUAUCAUCUCUAUGAAGCGCUUUUCUUCACAAAUUGAAGUGGGCUUCGUUUUAAUCCAUUGUCGUAGCUAUUCACUUAAUUUUUGCGUCACUGAUUCGUUGUUCUAAUUGUUGAUUACUUGUCAAAAAAUCAACAAUUGAAAGUUACGAUGGUCAACCAAUCAGAGCGCGCUUUCAUUGUUAAAAUUAAAGUAGGCUUUUGUUUUAAUAGCUAAGACAACAAAGAAGAUGCGCUUUGAUUGGUUAAUUACCCACUCGUUUAAUAAAAUCUGAAAAAAAAAUAAGUGAUAGACUUUUAUAAAGAGCCGGGUAGUACUACACCUCUGUUGUAAAAUAUUCCAGUAUUUUAUUUCACAGUCAAUAGAUAUUCCACAUUCCAUAUUAAAUCCUCUUAGUUUAUACAUUUUUUACAGUAUACCGCAAUAGUACUUACAGAACGAAAGAAACGAUGCUCCAGUAAAUUUUAAUUUUUAUGUUUCCAUUUAAGAAGAUCAAUUUUAUUAAAUUAUUAGUAAAGAUGUGUCUAUCAUAAUCGUUUAUUCUAAGAAUAAACAAUUAUAACGCUUUAUUACGAAAAAAACUUUACACGCCUAUCCUAUGCUUUAAAUUUUUAUAUGAUGGUACAUUUAUUACUUAUAUAUGAUAUAAUUUUUUUCCAUUUAAAAUGUAUAGUGUGGAUUUUGUUGUUCCGGAAAAAUAUAAGUGCAUCGUCUAGUCAAAAAUAAAUGCGUAACCACUUU